UAAUUAAAGAAGAACUAGCAAAAUUAAGGUAUCAUUAAAAAAUUAAUACUAAUCGGUCUAGAAUUUGAAAGUCGUCGGGAAAAGGAGUCGGCUUGCUGUUCUCCAUUACUUCUACCUCCAGAAAAGAGAGACAGAGGAGAGGAUGAAACAAAUCUAGAGAGAGAUCAGAGGAUAUACUGUUCUAACCUAUCUUCCAUACAAAGCUUCACCAUCGCUCGUAGCUCUGGUUUGUUUGCGCGAAUCGCUAUUGUUAUAUUUACCAGUGUGGAAAUAAGAAAAGAUGCUUCCGCUUUCGUUGCUCAAGUCUGCACAAGGACACCCUAUGUUGGUGGAAUUGAAAAAUGGAGAGACAUACAACGGUCACCUGGUUAACUGCGACACUUGGAUGAACAUCCAUCUCCGUGAAGUUAUCUGCACCUCAAAGGAUGGAGAUAGGUUUUGGCGAAUGCCAGAGUGCUAUGUGAGGGGUAACACGAUCAAGUAUCUCAGAGUUCCGGACGAGGUGAUUGAUAAAGUUCAAGAAGAGACAAAAAGUCGUUCUGAUAGAAGGCCACCUGGAGUAGGCCGUGGAAGAGGAAGAGGAGGUAGAGAAGAAGGCUCUAAAGCAAAAGGUGUGGGCCGUGGUUUGGAGGAUGGAGGAGGCCGGGGUGCAGGAGCUGGUCGAGGCAGGGGUGGAGCUGGAGGAAGGGCUGCUGGAAACAGAGGUGGUGGUCGAGGCCGAUGAAGUUACCAGAUUCACUCAAGUCUGAAGGUGUGUGUGGUCGUAAUAUUUUUUUUAGACCACUUGCUAGUCUUGUCCAAUUUCUCAAACGAGCUGUUUAUGAAUUAAAACUGCUUGAGCAAUAUGCAUUGAUUCUACCAUUUUGUUUGUAGAGCUUGGUUUCAAGGUGUUAAAUCUUAGUAAUUCUCAGUCCCGAGUAUGUGUACGUAUACUUCAUAGUAGUAUAUGACAAUUAUUGGAUUAAAUUCUAGAUUAUAUGGUUUGUCCUAAAAAUGUCAUGAAUUUUCAAUAUAUUUUGCCUGGUUAUUGUGUA